AUGAUACCGUCAAACCACAAGGCCAGGGUGGUGAACGCCGUGAUAGACAAGCUCGACAUCAGCGCCAUAGAGGACAAGUACAAGGCCGGCGGCACCAGCAUCUACCAUCCGAGGAUGAUGCUCAAGGUGAUCACCUACGCCUACCUCGACAACGUCUUCUCCGGGCGCAAGAUAGAGACGCUGCUCAGGGAGAACGUGGUGUACAUGUGGCUGUCGGGGAUGAACCGCCCGGACUUCAGGACGAUAAACAUGUUCAGGAGCAAGCGGCUGAAAGGGGUCUUCGACGGGAUCUUCACCCAGGUGGUGAUGCUUCUCAACGAGGAGGGCCUGGUCAGCCUGGACGUCCAAUACAUCGACGGCACGAAGAUAGAGUCCGCUGCCAACAAGUACACGUUCGUCUGGAAGAAGCGUGUCGAGAAGAGCAAGGCCAAGCUGGAGGCACAGAUCCAGUCAGUUCUGGCGGAAGCCGAGGAAUCCCUCCUUGGGGAAGAGUCCGAGUCCGGGAGCGGGCAGCCGAGCGCGGACGACCUCAAGGCGCGUACCGAGAAGGUGCUCAAGAAGAUGGACGAGGCCGGCAUCGCCAAGGGUCCCCGGCGCAAGGCGGUCGAGAAGGUCAGGGACGAGAUGCUCCCGAAGAAGGCCGAGUACGAGGGACACCUGGAGAAGAUGGGCGACCGCAACAGCUACAGCAAGACCGACACGGAUGCCACGUUCAUGAGGAUGAAGGAGGACCACAUGAUGAACGGCCAGACCAAGCCCGGAUACAACGUCCAGAUAGCCACCGAGAACCAGUUCGUCACCAACUACGGCAUCUACCAGAGGCCGACAGACCAGGGAACGCUGAUCGACUACCUGAAGUCCUUUGAGCAGAGGUACGGCAGGCAGAGCGGCACCGUGGUCGCCGACUCGGGCUACGGCAGCGAGCAGAACUACGAGUACCUGCUCGACAACGACAUCACCCCAUUCGUCAAGUACAACAUGUUCCACGCCGAGAAGAAGCGCGGCUACCGCAACAACAUCUUCAGGGUGGAGAACCUGUUCUACAAUGGCGAGCUCAACUUUUACGUCUGCCCGAUGGGACAGCAUCUGGAGCAUGUCGGCGACGAGAGGAGGGUAUCCGACCUGGGCUAUGUCUCCACGGUGAGCAUAUACCGAGCCAAACGCUGCGAGGGUUGCCCGAUGAGGGGACUGUGCCACAAGGGAAAGGGACCGAGAACCAUUGAGGUCAACCACCGCAACAACGAGCUGAGAGCCAGGGCGAGGGAACUGCUCGACAGCGACGAGGGCCUCCGGCACCGAAGCCUGAGGCCGAUAGAACCGGAAGCGGUCUUCGGGCAGAUCAAGUUCGACCACGGCUUCAAGCGCUUCAGACUGAGAUCCCUUGAGAAGGUCUCGGUCGAGUUCGGUCUGGUCGCGCUCGCCCAUAAUCUGAGAAAAUAUGCCGAAAAAACGGCCUAA